CGACAAGUCAAAACAAGGUGGAUAGCUACGGACGUGAUUGGCUGACGCGACAUUGACGUCCGUUUCUGGGUGUGGAAAUUCUCAACAUCAACAAAAAGAGAAAAGAAAUGAGAAACUAGAGAUUACAAGGAACAAACAAUAGUUUGGGACGUGAGAAUAUAUCGAUGUAACUAACAUAACAGUGGAAGGAUUUCAGAUUUCUGUAACAAUACAGUCUAAAAGAUGGAAGCCGUUAAACUUAUGAGGGAGCUGAAAACCAAUUUUGAACAGGAGAUGAAUUAUCUUCCGAAAGAAACGGGACUCCACUUGAUCGAAUCAACCAGAGAGAAUGCCAGCCAAGGAAUCUCAGCUAAAUGUAGGGACGUCAAAGUGGAAGACCUCUGGAGCCUAACCAGUUUCUUUGGGUACAGCACCCAGACCUUCGUUCUGGCAGUCAACCUGCUAGAUAGAUUUUUGGCCAUGAUGAAGGUCCAACCCAAACAUCUAGCCUGCAUUAGCAUCAGCUGCCUCCACAUCGCAGCCAAAGCAGUCGAAGAGGAUUGUAACUUGUCUUCCACCAAUGAACUUAUUCGUAUCAGCCAGUGCAAGUUUACAGUUUCGGACCUCACUCGCAUGGAGAAGAUAAUUUCAGAGAAACUCAACUUCCAACUCGAAGCCAUCACAGCCUUAACCUUUUUGCACCUAUACCAUAGAAUCACACGCUCACACACCUCAGACAGGAAGGAGGCCCUGAACCUCGACACACUAGAGGCCCACCUCAAAGCCUGCCUCUGCCGCAUCACAUUCUCCAAAGCUAAACCGUCCAUCUUGGCCCUGUCCCUCCUCACUCAAGAGAUUGAAGCCAUGCAGUCUGUUGACAUGCUAGAAAUAGCACAUAGUGUUCAGAGACAUCUGAAGAUCACCGACACGGAGCUGCUACACUGGAGGGGGCUCGUAGCCAAGUGUCUGUCUGACUACUCUUCCCCUGAAUGUAGCAGACCCAACAAUAAGAAGCUCGUCUGGAUCGUGUCGAGAAGGACAGCUCAGAACCUACACACCAGCUACUGCAACGUCCCUGAACUGCCGACCAUUCCCGAGGACUGCUGGGACCAAAGCGAGGACUCGUGUGAAGACAUGAGUUCUGGGGAGGAGAGCCUGAGCAGUUCCCUGGGUUCUGAUGCAGAGGGACCUUACUUUCCUCUUCACUUCCGCUGCCAGAGCAACCACCGAAACAAAUACCACCAUCCCAACCCCCUGUGAAGGAGCCACAGUGCCUGGGUUCCACAACCACCAUACUGUAGGGUUAUGUUCAUUAGUGAAACGUUUCGUAGCGUUCGACAUGUUUAUUUUUAGGAAGUCACGUUUAACAUGCGACAGCCCAUUUUGGUUCCUGGUGAAUAUAACCCAGAAAAAAGAAAAAAAAAAAACUAUAUAAUAUAUUUAAUUUUGUUAGUUCAAAAGGGCUACCAGUGUUUGGCCUGUUACAAACCAAUCAAUAUACUGCAUCUUAUUUUAAGCUAAACAAAAAUGCAUUUAUGGGGAAACUUAAACCUGACGGGCGGCGGAAUGAAUCAACUCAAAGAUAAAACGUUUUAUACUCUUUUUGUUGUUGUAGAUUGUAGCUUUAAAAAAAAAGUGUUGUUGCAUGUUUGGAUUUGUAACAUUCUACAAUCAGACCAUCCCAAAUUAGUAUCCUACCCCAGUGCACUACUUUUGACCAGAGCCGAAUGAGCCCCGGGCCACAAAGUAGUGCGCUAGAGAGAGAUAUAUCGUGUAGCAUUUAGGAUGCACUAUAGAACACAGCCAAGGUACAAUAGACUUGUCUGGGGAGUAAGAACAACGUUACAUAGUUUUCCUAUGACAUGUUAUCGUUGAGUUGUGUUCACUGCCUGAUGGUUCGGUUUUCCCUCUACAAGGUUCAACGGUCAAAAGACGACAUCUGUUUGCAUGUUAUUAUACAGGAAAACACCACUUGCGUGUGUGUGUGGUCUUGUUAACCUCUAAAUUUGCCAAUUCUUUUUUUUAGGUUGUAGGGUAACUUAUAUUUGGCUGGUAUGUAGCUAGCUCUGUGGAAGAAAUGUAUGGGAUGGAGUUUGUCAUAAUGUACAUUUGUAUAAAAAGUAUGUAUGUGUGUAAAAAGAAAAAGCUGUGAAUAAGUACCUUUGUAGAUAUUAACUUAUUUGUAAUUUUUUUGCCAAUGUUGUAUGACAAAAACAACAAAAAAAACUAUUUUGGACAUCUGAA